UUUCUAUAACCUCAAAAUACAAUGGCAAGUAUUAAAGAAAAAAUUUAUUAAAAAAUUGUGAGAUUCUUAUGCUUAUAAGUGUAUUAGUAUGUUAGUAAGAAAAUGAUAUUAAAAAUUAAAUAUUUAAAUAUACUAAGUAAUGGUUUUUACCGUGUUGUUAAAUGUAUUUCGAAUUUAAUUUUUUGAUUUCCUAUAAACUAUGAAAAAUAUUUAUGUAAAUUCAAAAAAAAAAAACACAAAAUAUUAAAAAAACUAAAUAAAAAUAAAAAUGCAACAAGGUUUAUGUAGAUGUUUACUAGCAUGUUUAAGUAUUCUGAUCUAAUGAAGCCGUUGGUGCUAACCCCAAAGCGAGCUAGCACCUUAGCGUGAGAACAAUGUAGGUAAAUAUAUACAUAUAUAUAAAUAUUAUAUAUAAAUAUAUAGUAUAGUACAUAAUAAACGAGUAUAUAAAUACUUGUGUUAUAAUUUAAUUAAAGCAACUAUGAUGAUAAUAAAUACAUAUACACAUGCAUAUAUAUAAAGUAUAUAUAUAUAUAGUAUAUACAUAAGUGAAUAUCCAGAGUGAUGAAACUGUGUUUGUAAUAUUUCCUUUCAAUACAAAUGAUUUGGCAAAAAUGUACGAAAAAGUACAAGGUAAUAAGGUUUACUUAGCGUAGUUUUUUUCUUCCCCCUUCUAAUAAAAAUUAUUAAGUAUUAAAAAAAAUGCAAGGAAAUACAAACAAAAAAAAACAGUACAGACAAAAGCCACAACAAAAAAGACGAAGAAAAUUAAAAAAAACGCGUGUAAAAUGUGUAAACUUACGCAAAGAAACAUGUAAAUGUCACUUAAUUUAAUAAAUACGAUUAAAUUAAAUGAAGAAACAAUAAACGUGAUCAUAAGCAUAGAAUAAAUUAAACUUAAAUACAAAAAAAUAAAUAAAUGCAUAAAUGUGGUUUUAUUUGGAAAUUUAAUAUAGAAGACAUUUUCACGACGGUGAAAGUUCAAAAGUGAUGAAAGCUCUAAAAUGAUGAAAGCUCACGAAACAACGAAAGCUCAAAAGCGGUGAAAGCUCAGAAAUGAUGAAAGCUCAGAAGCUUUCAUUUCACAACACGUGCCUGAGCUUUAGCUUAUCAUGGCGACAAGGUUAAACAACCAUUGAAAGCGUCAAAGAUUUUCAAUGACCAAACAAGAAAAAAUAUUAAAAAAAUAACACUUAAAUUAUUAAUUUAUCAACGCCCAUAAUGCGUUAAGCAUUGUUUAUUGUGGCUGCUCAACAAAACCAUUGACAAUCGAAAAUUUCCGUUAACAGUUAAAUUGCACACCAACCAAAUGAAUGGUCAUACCAAAUCAACUAAUUAAAAAUGCACUUUGUGCCGUCGUUUCGAGUGAAUGACAGUUAAAAGAGAAAUUUUAAGUCCUUUACACGCCCACACAUCAAUUUAAUUGCCAAAAGCAGCCGGCCCAUCAGUAUAAAUAUGAGGAAAUACCAAGUCGUCUACCAGUUUUCAGUGUUCAUUUGCCCGUCUAUCGUCAUAGAAUAUAGAAACUCCACAAAAAUUUAACCGUCUUUAAGAUGUUAUUCAAUCCGAAACCGUUAAAGGAUCCAAUUAGCUUUAGAUUCCCCCUACAAUGUAUUUGGUUAAAAUUGAACGGUUCGUGGCCACUGCGACCACAGCGGUCUGGCGAAUUUGAAAGGUACUUUCGUUGGCUCUACAGCGUUUGGGCCUGGUAUGUGGUGGCCAUGGUUGGUAUAACCAUCGGUUUUCAAAGUGCAUUUCUAGUCAAAACUUUCGGCGAUAUAAUGGUCACCACGGAGAAUGGCUGCACCACCUUUAUGGGCGUGUUGAACUUUGUGCGUUUGCUGCAUUUGAGGCUGCAUCAGCGGGAGUUUCAACAAUUGUUAGCGCGAUUCGUUAAAGAUAUCUGGAUUACAAGCUCUUCACAGCCCACCGUCGAGCGCGCUUGUGAGCGCAAUAUGCGUGUGUUUCAAGUAAUCUCGGCUCUGCAGUCCUGUCUUAUUACCAUGUACUGUCUGCUGCCGUUGGUGGAACUCUAUAUGCUAACGGUGAAUACGGCACCCGAUGUCUUGGAAAGCGUGGAGAAACCAUUUCCAUAUAAAAUGUUAUUCCCCUACGAUGCAAAUUAUGGCUGGCGUUAUGCGCUCACCUAUUUGUUCACCGCUUGGGCUGGUGUUUGUGUGGUGACCACACUCUUCGCGGAGGACUCGCUAUUCGGCUUCUUUACCACCUACACUUGUGGUCAAUUUCGCAUUCUACACAUACAAAUCGACAACAUUAUACCCGAUUCGUAUGCUGCGACACGCGCUGGGCGUGGCACUGAGGCGGAUUUUCAACAGGAGUCUGUACGACGUCUGGAUCGAAUUGCUGGGAAACAUUGUGUGUUAUUUAAUUUCGUUCGUAGCAUGGAGGAAUUCUUCAGUCCCAUUUUGUUAGUGAAUUUCUUGAUUUCUACGAUUCUAAUUUGCAUGGUGGGCUUUCAAUUGGUUACGGGUAAAAACAUGUUCAUCGGUGAUUAUGUAAAGUUUUUGGUUUACAUACUCUCAUCGCUCUCUCAAUUAUUUGUGCUCUGCUGGAAUGGUGACAACAUUAUACAAAAUUCACUUGAGAUGGCCAACCACUUGUAUGCCUGCAACUGGGAGUGUGGCGUAGAAGUAGCGGCCACCAAUGCGGAUAACAAGCGCGCCGAUGAAGAAGUGAAAAUAACGGCACCAACGGUUUAUUAUACAACGAAUAACGCUUUUCGCAAGAAGUUGCAAUUUAUGAUUAUGCGCAGCCAACGACAGACAUGCAUUACAGCGUUGAAGUUCUCGGUGUUGUCAUUGAGCAGCUUCUCGGGGUUAAUAAGCUCGUCGAUGAGCUAUUUUGCACUUUUGCAAAGUUUCAACGAGGACGAAGAGAACUGAGCACUGGCAGUGGCGUUGUCUGCGUCGAGCACAUAUAGACGUGGUGGAACACUUUUGUUGUACAAUUUGGCUGGAC